GUUCGGCCGUAGCAGUCGUCGUCGUCGCACCGCGGUAACAAAAACUGCGGGUCCCGGCCCCAAUAUAAUAUUAUUUAUUUUUUUUUGUUCCGUUACGAGCGCGAAAAGUCGUUUCGCCGACCGCAUCAUCGGUUUUUAUUCCGUGGGCACCGGUACCCGCGAGAUACUCCGCGCGCGAUCCGCCCGGACGCGACGAUAACGAACAUUAUUAUCAUGCCGCCGGCAACAACGUGCGAGAUCCUGGUCGGCGCGCUGGCCGUCGUCGUCGCGGCCGUCUGCUGUCCGACGUACGCCGUGCCCGUCAACUCGUGCGGACUCCAGACGGACACGGCCGCCAAGCGACACGACCUCACCGCGCUCGACCGUCUGUCCGGCCAACUGUGAGUACCUGCCAUUAUACGCGCGCGAACGACCGACGCACGUUCGGGACCCUCCCUCCCUCCCUCCCUCCCACCCCCGGCGUUUGCGUUUUCCGACCCGAUGUCCUGACGGCGAAUAAAUAACGGGGGAGGGGCGGAGAGGGCUGGUGGAGUUCGGCCCCUCCUAGAAUCCCUUCGGCCCCUGCCUCGAAAAUUAACGAUUUGACCGAACAAUACGCACAAAGGCGGACGUAUUUCGCACGCGCGUGAGUGCAACCACUGUUGUAGGUGGGUAAAGUUGGGAACGUAGAAUACAGACGAGAAUUUAAUGCACGUCUGUAAGCAACGAUAAACCAUUGCAAUAUACAUGUCAUAUUAUGGUAAAAUUAUAACAAUGUGUGCGUUACUAUGACAAAAAUGAUUGUUGAAAAAAUAUUAUUAAAAUAAUAAAAACUUAAUAAUAACAAAUAAUAAAUAAUAACGGUUGUCCAUGAUAACCAAAUUGUUCAGAUGUUUAAUCUUUCAAUCUUUUUCAACCUAGAGAACCAGGUUUUCCUCAUUAUCUCGAAUAUUAACUCAGAUUUUAAAAUAUACACCAUAAAAAAAAAAAAACUAACUUUAUUAAUUUUUAUUUUCUUUAAACUCUCUCCCCUCGCGAAAUUAUUUCCCUCGUCCGCCCCUAAUCACUCUAAAUAUAUACGCUUGUAUAUAUGUUCGUUCAUACCUCACCGAUCGAGUACUAUCUAUUGCAGUCUUGAGUUCCUCUUCAAAUGUCUUCUCUCCUUUUUCUAGCGUCCCUCAAGGCGCUGUUCACUCUCCUUAUUUUUUAAAAGAGAGAAAAAAAAUCGGUUAGUCUGCUAAAAAAAGCCUCGGUUUUCGUCUCAGUGUGUUCUUUAUGCAUGCAUUUAACUUAAUGUACUUUGAUGUUUCGAUAUAUUUUCUCAAACCUUCAAGGGGGCAAAAUAGGAUUUUUAGAUAUACUUGGUACGAAUAUCUAAUUGCUUAUUAAUUUAUUUUUGUUUAUUCAGGGGUUACCUUGGUGUUACGGAUAAUAAUUUGGUCGCCACGGAAAAUAAAACGAUUUUAAUUGUUAUUAUUACUAUUAUUUACACUAUUAACAUUUCACAAUAGAACGCAUUUGGACCGCCGAAUGGCCACCAACUUUCCACCUAUUUGUUUUCACUCAAUUCUGACACGGCCAAAACCAAAAAUGAAUAUGGGUAAAAUAAUAAUGAUUAACGCGGGCAACGCCGGGCGCGGGACUGUUAGUAUCAAAUAUACGUAUACGAAUCACCAUUGAAAUUAUAAUAAUAUCAAAAAUUAGUUAUCUUCUCGUCAUUAUAGAUUAAUUAUAUUUUGAAAAACUCAAAUAGUUGAUACCAUUUCGAUAAAUAGUAAAGUUAUUUGCUAAAAAACGUGUAAACAUCCGCUGCACAUUGACGUAUAAUUACGUACAAUUGACAUUGUGUACGUGCGUCAUAAUUAUUUUGGAAAAAUCACCAACAACGUUCUACCGUUUUAAACAUAUUUGUAAAACAUUUAUAUGAGAUACGGUUACUUCCGGACAAUAAUCGAAUUCUGUAUAGGCAACCGAAUAUAGACGAAUUUACCGACCGAUGUAUUUAAUUUAUUCGACCGCGUACGUACGUGACUAUCGGUGAUCUGAUAACCUAUAUUAUUAUAAUGUUACCUACAUAAGUUAUUAAUUUUAACAUUAUCUUUUAAACAAUUAAAUUGAAUACCUACUUAUGUUUAUGAUAAAAUAAAAAUACUGAUUUCGUAGCAACUCCUCUUUGUCCAAGUGCGGAUCCCAGUGGGGGGGGGGGCGGUCUCGUAAAUCGCCUCUGAAACUGUAUUUACCUCUCUGUGAGUAGUUUAUAAAGCUUUAUCGUAAUUCCUGUUCUUCGCUCUCCCUUCCAUGAGAUUAUGUUUUCUGGAGCCAACACUUUUUAUUCGCCAGUUAUCACGUUUACCUAUUAGACAAAAUAUCUAACGGACGUACGUUACCCGGGCGUACAGAAUGUUUACAAUAAAAAUAUGAUUUUGUCGUUUAAGUAGAUUUGUCGUGAUAAUUGUAUCAUUGUGAUCUUUAUCGCUGGAUGCAAGAUGAGGCAUUCACCCCAACCUCCCCUUAAAUAAAUACUAGUUAUUACAUUUGCAUGAUGAAAUAACAUGGCAUACUUUUUUAGAAUAGUUUUUAUUUUCCACCCUCCGAAAUUUCAACUAUUUGGGAACCCAUGGAUGAAUUCGUGUGCCAUAUUGUAUACUUAGUCGAGUUGGUAUCUGGUAAUAAUUUUAUUCGGAUGUAAUAUGGUCAGGUAAAUUAUAAUUUCAAGGUUGCCUGCAACAAUUUCGAAAAAACCAAAACUUGUUUGAAUUAUUGUACGUAGGUACAGUAUUGUCUUUGCUUUUAAACUUAACGUAUAUCUUUGUGAAUCUCAUUUUACAGUAGGUAUGGAUGGUUAAAACGUCUCUCGGACAGAUUUGCAAUUAUUAUUAUAAACUGUAUUUAUUAUUUAUUUACCCGUGGAAGUGGAACAUUAAUUGGCAUUGAGCUGGUCAACCUAUACAUUUUAAACUUAUAGUCUUAGAAUAUCCAUUUCCUAUACACAUUACACACGUAAAUACGUAAUAUUUAGACGUUACAAGAGACCUGUUAAAACAAUAUUAAAGUAGGUAAGUAUCACGAAAAUUAAUAUCAAUAAGUAUAACAUUUUAAAACUGGUGGUUUUAUUAUUAUUGUGUUAGAAUAUUAUAUUAUAUAGAUUACAGGUAUUAAUAUUGUGUUUUUAUACGAUAUUUUCGGAUUUGUUUUAUAUAAUCGCGUGGUUAUCUAACACCGCAAAUAUGCAAUGAAUAACGAAUAUCACCUAUAUUAAACCUUUAUAUUGACAAUACGUAGUUGUACUAAUACCGGUCAAACGAGUUUGGCAAAAUAUGGUACUGUAAUUGUAUAUCAUUUUUACAUACCUAAUAUUAUCCACUGACAAGUCACGAUAGAACGCACAAGUACCGAUAUUAUAAUUUACGUAGAGUGUGUGCGAAACAGAGAUCCGAAGUGUGACACUUAUUUUUCAACUUGGGUAUCGAUAAAUUAUUUAUUUUAUUUUAUUAUAAUUCAUAUAGUUUAUUGCAUGACUUAUAAACGCAUAUACGGUACACUAUAACUCUGAAUUUUAGAUUAGGUAUCUAAUACUAUCUAGGUAACAAAAGAAAAAAAGAAAAAAAAAUCGUAUUUUUAAACAUGAUAUUUGUCUGAGAACGAAUAAGCGUCAUAAUAUAACUAUCGAAUAUUGAUUCAAUAGGUAUUAUUAUUUCAAUAAGAAGUUCGUUUAAAACGAAUAAAUGUGUACAAAUAAAAUGGGCGACGAAGGAAAUCAGACUCCCAAAUUCCUCCCAUACUCUUUGAUUAUCUCCAAAAUGAGAAAAUAGCUGUUUCCAUAGUCAAUUUUGACAUAUCUAAUAUAUUUCUAUAUUGUUGACAAAGCAUCGCUAUCAACUGAACUUCACUCAGAAUCGUUUUUCCGUAAGAAUGGUUUAUCGUUGCUUGCAGGUUUACAUUAAAUUACCUGUAACAGUGGCUGCACCCGUCCCAAUUAUCCUAGGACGUCUUUUUUGUACGUCAAGUUUUCCGCGUACUCUGUUCCAUCAUAUAAUCGCACAGAAAUUAAGAAAUCAAAAGAUGUUUUAGAUAAAUAGGUACUGAAAGGAACAGAAAUAUUUUACUUAUUGGUAUUUUUGGAAAUUUGUAUUAGUCUCAGUAUCCCGGCAACUAUUUGAACUACUGAACCGCUCUUCAGAACGUUUUAAAGGGUUAACACCUGGAUACGAUUUAUCAUGACUGGGAAGUUCGAUGCUUUAUGCAUGAUGAAUAAACAUAGAAAUAGGGGUUUUUUUUUUAUAGUGAAAUUAUUGAUCGUUUCGCUAGAAAAACAAGACAAUUACAAUGUAUUUUUGAGAAUAAACAAUCUAUACGUAAACUAUGUAAUACAAAAUAUUGUAUUUAUUGGUUUUACAAUGAUAUUUUUAUGUUUUUUUUUUUUUUUUAAUCUUUGAAUUACUUUUCUACUAGAAAUUUUUCUUCGAUUUUAAAAUGUAGUACUUUUUCUCAAAGGUAAUUGAACUGGUGAAAUACAUUAAGUAGUAGUUCAUUUUUUGAUUUUCCCAGGGGUUUUCAUAAUAAAUAGAAAAACGAGAAAAUGUACGGAAUGUAUUAUUUUUAAGUCGUUAAAUAACUGCCUUUCAAAUAACCGAACUCCACUCAGAAUUGUUUUUCGAUAGCAAGAAUUAAUCUUUGCGUACAGAUGUACAUUAAAUUUCCACUCUACCUUCCUAGCUUCUUAACUAAAACAAUGCCCCGCCCCUCCUCCCAUCCCUCAUAGUACGAAGUAUGUCUCUUUGUUUUUUAUAAAUAUAUUACUUACAUUAUGAAAUAUUUUAUAUUAUGUAUAUUAUAUUAUACUAUGUUUUAUAUUACUUGCUCCUCUCCUAGACAAGUGUUUACGGGCACCUAUGUAUGUAUCGUAUGUUAAUGGUUAUUGGCGAAUGUCCAAAUUUUAAAGAGGAAUUUUAAACAUUCGAAAACAAGCUUGGUGAAUGUUCACUGUCCACUAUCUUCGGACAUUUACUAAAACAUAUAUAUUAUUCAAAUAUUUUAAAUUUAAAUAAUAUUAUUAUAACUGCGAUUUGAGUUAAAAGCCAAUCAAAAAUGUCAAAUUAUAAAUAUAAUAAUAUGCUGAGAGCUGAAAAAAAAACACAUACACUUGGCGCUAUACAUAUAUUUUGAAUUCUGGUUUAGGUCGGAGAAUAAGUGGGAUUAUAAGGUAGACAUUUGGCAUAUAGCUAGCUGAUACAGGUUUAUUUUAGUUUGUGUUAUUUUUUUAUCUGUGAACAACUUUUCUACUCGCAAUUUUACAUAGAUUUUAAAAUGAAGCAGUUUUUCUAACAGGAAAUUGAACUGGGUAGGAUAUUUAAAGGAAUUCAUUUUUUGAUUUUCCCAGGGGUUUACAUAAUAAAUGGGAAAAUCGGGAAAAAACGGGAAAAUUUACGAAAUCUGUUUUAAAUUUACUAAAUUCGUAAAUAGUACGGCCUAUCAUUUUUUUUUAGCAAUGAUUUAUCGUUACGUACAGAUAUACAUUAAAUUUCCCCUCUACUUCCCCAACUUUUCACCUAUAACAGUGGCUCACCGAUAGUACGAAGUAUGUCCGUUUGUUUUUUUAAAUAUGACGUUAUAAUUAAUAAAAUAAUUAUAAUUUUUACUUAAUUAAUUAUUUUUAUUUGAACUACCAAUAAUCUUGUAUUUUAUUUAGUAUUAUUAUUAUUCUUGCUUUUGUCUAUUGCUUAUACUUAUUGCAUUUAAUAGGCACCGCCUGUUAACUGUUAAUAAAUAAUAUAUUCACCAGGGAAAAUUGAUUUUCAGCCUAACAUUUAUUAAUAUAAAAUUAUAAAUAUUAUGAUAGAAUAUUAUAGACAAUGACGUAUGUGUUUCUAUUCCUGUCCGCUAACAACUUUCCUACCGGAAAUCUUAUUCGGAUCAUCAACUUCAGAAAUGGUUACAAAAAUGUUAUCCACCAGUCGGCGUGUUAACAUAAUAACCCCCCUCCCAUAAUUUUUCUUAAAUAUGUAUAAUGAUAUACAGGUGAUUUCUUAAGUCUGCUCAUUGCUUAGUGCAGUGACAGACGAUAUUUUCGAGUACUUUCAAUUUUUCACAGCACUUAAAGUUUGCAAAAUGAGAACCUAUAAAUGUUUUAUUGAUUUUUCUGAAAAUGUUGAUGUAUUUUAAUCGAAAUUUGAACGAAAAUAUCUUAGUUAUUCUGUUUUAAAUACUAAAUGGUAAUAACUGCACAAUUUAAAACAAGAAAUUAUCUAUACACAUGAAACAGUUGGUGUCCGAUUCCCAUGAAAGGCUAUUCUUUAGCCAAGCCAUGCCCUUAGGGAAGGAGACCAUUUUUUUUUUGCUCGUCGUUAAAUUUGUUUGGCACCGAGUGUCGGUUUUGCAAAGUAUGUAUCACUAAUCCUUCGUAUAUUUAAAGCAUAAUAACUCAGAAAAUGUUUGUUUAAAUUUCGAUUGCAACACGUUAAAAUUUUCAGAAAGAUCAUAUGAUUGACAAUUUGCAUCAAAACGUGUAGGACAUUGGGUCUCAUUUGAAAAACCAAAGUUGUUAUCGCCACAGGAUAUUUCUCAAAUGUACUCUUUACAGAUUAAUGUAGUAUUUUCAAACCCAAGAUAAAAUAAAAUACUUAUUUGUAACAUAGUACAUUAAUUGUUGAAUUUAUUAAAACUGCACAAAAAAAUUAUUGAACUAAAUAUUCGUAGGUACUCAUUUAAAUAUUUCAAAAUAGUUGUAUUUUUAGAAAUUUGCUUGUAAAACUAAAUUAUGUAAAAUAACGUUUAAUUAUAUACACUUUUUAUUACUAAACGCGUGUUACAGUAAUAAUAGGUUUCUCAUUUAUCCUUGAUUAUAAAAAAUAAUAAAUAUUAUAAUAUUUUCUGUGUAUCUAUCACCUUACACACCUUUAUUGUCCUGUAUUAAAAAUUCUCUAAUAACUAAACUAUUCAAAUUUCAUUAUUUUAUUAUUCUAUAAUUGUAUAAUAAUAUUCGAUUAUACGUAUUAUAAGUAUAACUGUAUAUUUAAUAUAUUUAUUAAUAAUAGCGAUUUCCAGUGUAAUUGAAACUAGUAUAUAUUAUAUAUUCUAAAUUAAGUCGCUAUAAUAUAUUAUAAAGAGCUUUUAACAAAUCAUUGAUCUCGGGAAGAAGUCUUAGAAGGCUCAAGUAAAUUUCGUAUAGAUUCCAAUACAAUCAACAAUUACAUUUUUGAAGUACAUACGCUAAUACACUAAUACCAUUUAUUUUGAAAUACAUAGAAUUGGACAAUUUAGACCAAAAAAACAAGAGAAAAAAUUAUAAAAAAAAAAAAUAAAAAAAUAGAAAAAUAGACUUCUGACCUUUAAUCUCUAGUAAUUACUUUAUUAUGAUUUAUAAUGCUACGAUAAGUAAGAUAAAUUAUACCCCUAAACAAUUAUUAUUAUAUUAUUCUGUUUUGUUAUGAUAAUAUAUAGUUUUAUAUUAAUGCUUCUUAGGGGACCGUAAAGGGGAAUGUGAGAGAUAUUAAAAUGGUAUAGGGACGCUACUUCUUCAAAACUAGUUAGAAAACCUCUACUAAAUUUUUCCCACGUCGAACACUGAGACUAUAAUAUACCUAUACUAAAUAAAUUUGGUCAGCAUUUAGUGUGAACAUUUCGGGGUCAAACCCAUACAUUUUCCGCGUGGUGUCUACGGGAAUAAAUUAUCUUACUUACGGUCGGGUGUCAAUCGAAAAUUAUCUGCGCUUGCUAUCGGCAUAUCAAACUCGGUACAACGCGUUGCUGUUUGAAGUCGCCGUCGCGAUUUUCCCGUUUUUCCUACUAUUUUCCAUUUAUUGGGAAAAUCAAAAAAAUGGCCUAAAAUUUUUUUUAGGCUGGUGGUGGUUUGUAUUAUCUAUUUUGGAAAGUUUACCCGACUAUUUUAACACUGCUUCGACGCUACUACUUCCAACGUCGCGCGCCGUACCGUGCCGUCACACGAGUGCAUAUGUGUUUAUAAACCUUAAAAAACCGUACAACUUUCAUAUAUGAUAAAAUGGCUGUAACAUACAUUUUGAAUGAACCGGAAUACAUUAUCUUUAAAUAUAACUACGUUAAUUCGUAUUAUUAAACGUCAAUUUUAAUCGUUAACAAAUUGUAUUAUUAUCUAUUCCGUAACGAAUUGGGAACGGCAGGGCCGGAUUAUGGGUUGUAUGGGCCCGGCGCUAAAGCCCAACAAGCAAAAAAGAAAAGGCCAUCAGAAAAACAUUCGUAUAAUGUUCUAAUAUUCGGGCAAUAGACUGCUAAGCAAAAAAGAAAAGGACAUUAACAAAAACACACAUUAUGUGGACCCCUUCGACUUGCGGCUCGGGGUUGUAGACCUCUGAGUCCCCCGCCCUUUUGAUUCAGCCUUGGAGAACGGACCCGGAAAUAAAUCGAGCAGUUUGGCAAUUCAAAUUCAUCUUAUACAAAAUUCAAUAUUAUCCCCUAAGCAAGCCCGGAUUGAAAAAUUAUUAGAUAUCCCGAGGCCGAACUUUUCAACGAGGCUCUCGUUGAAAAACUUAUAAUUAUUAUAGGUUUUUUUGCAAACGUUUUCUAAUCAAUAGGUUUUAACAAAAGAAAAAUAAUUAACAGUAGGCAUAGACGUAUAUAUUAUAUAGAGCACAGCCACAAAGUGUUAUUUAAAUAGAUAAGUAUAUUAUUAUUUUAUUGCAUAGUCACUAUAGUAGUUUGUAGAUGCUAAAUAAUGAUACGAAUAAGUCAUCAACAGGUAACGAUUCUUUCUUGGUGCAUGCCUAUGUAACUGCCUACCUGUGUGCCAAAUUUCAGCUCGAUCUGUCUAUUGGUUUAGACUAAGGUGCUAGGCGUUAAUAAAUCAGUCAGUCAUGACAUGUUUUUUUUAAAAAUAUAGAUAUCUGAUAACUUUAUCAAUGGGUUCAUGUUAUGUUGAUAUUUACUGAACAAUAUUUUAUAGGUUUAUAGAUUAUUAAAAAAUAUAAAUAAGUAUCAUAGAUAACCUCUUCACAUCUUUAUGAAAUCCAUUUAUAUCAAUACCUAUCUUAAUCAUAAACGACGAUUUCUUCCAUAGAACGUACAUAAUAAUAUACGAGCAAUAUAUAAUAUGCUAUUGAUUUAAAUACAAAUAUUAAAUGCAUUCAAAUUAUAGCACGCAUAAUAUCGGUUGUUGAAAUUUGGAAAUUUUAAAAGGUCUACGAUGUCCGAACCCCCAUUAAUGCCGGAGAACACGCAUAAUAAUAAUUUGAUUGUUCAAUACUAUUUGGACAAUAUUUUUGAUGAUAAUUUUCGAAAAUUUAACGAUUAAAAAGUUACCAUUAUUGCCGGGCACAAAAAUUGUGUCCAUAAUUAUUACGGCAAAACCGCAUAGAUGAGCUCGUGCACUUAUAAAUAUAACCGGUAUCGCGUUUCGAUUUUGAAAUAGGUUACUGUAUAUUAUGAUAUUGUGUAAGGACGUGACUGCAUAAUGUUGUUGGUCGCAGCAGUUAAAAUGAUUCUGAUCCGAUGUCCUUGAAAAGUACAUAUUAUUCUUGGCAAUAUUGCUCGUAGGCAUCAGUUAUACUUAUAGAAUUAAUAUACAAACGUUUUGUCCCAUUUGAUACUGGAUCAGUUUACUAUAAAUAACUGCGUCCUUCGUAAUUAUAAGAUAUGCAAAAUAAAUUAUAUAUAUUUAACAUAAUUUAUUUUUUAGGUGAAUUAAAAUUAAAUAAUGUGCGCAUUAAUCGUUUUAUUUUAAUUUAUGUUUAACUGAAAAUAUUAUUAUAUACUUAUAAGAAAAGGAAAAAUUCGUUCCACAGAUACAUAUUAUUGUAUACUUAUUUAUUGCACAGAUAAAAAUAAAUUUAAAAAUCAAUUAUUAAUUUUUUUUUUUUAAUUCAUUUGAUUAUUUUAGAAGAAAUUUUAACAUAUCAUUUAAAAUUAUCGAUGGUAAUAUUUUGUGAUUUAUUAUAGAUAUUUAGUUAAAAAUAUUAAAAUUUAUUAGUUCUACAAUAUCUAUUGAUACUAAGAGGACUUUAUCGCUUAUCACCACGGGACUAUUUAACAAAUGUCUAUUAACUUCAUGUCUAUUGAGUAUUCUAUUUUUGUUAAAAAAAAAAAAAGGAAGGAUAUUCAAGGAGGGACAAAGUUAUUUAAUUUAUACAUAUAACCAACGAUAAAUCAUUGCUAACGAAAAACGAUUCGAAGUUCGGUUAUACAUGUUUUGAAAGACCUUAAUACUUACGAUUUUCGUCGAAAUUUUAUUUUAAAACUCUUAUAAAAAAAAAACUACAUUACACCUAAUUUUUUUUUACCACUAAGCAUAACUGAUAAUGAAUAUCCCGUUCAGUUUUCAAGCAUUUCUGUUAAUCUAGCAAUUUUGUCCACAGAGUACUUAUGAAAUAAAAAUUACCUACAUAGAAACUCCCAAAAUUUUACCACAUGUAGAAAAAGCAAGUUUAAGUUUUCUAUCAAAAUUGUUAUGUCUCUAAAAAUAUGUUUAACUGAAUUCAAUUAAAAAAAAUAUAAAAAAAAAAAUUUUAAACAAUUGAAGAAUUAUCGCCAUAAUAUAGGCAAUAGAAAUAUAGACGCAAAAUAAAAUUUAACGCCCUACUGAUACAGUCUACAGAUUAUUUGAUUAAUAUAAUAGUAUGAUAGAAAUUUAACUGUAUUACAAUAUUAUAUUUCAGAUUUUAAUAAAACUAAUUAGUAUAUUAAUCUUUAAAUUGUAUUUUCCUACUUAGACUUACAACUGAAUCGAACGGCAAUAUUUAUUACGUUUCGAUUUGUCACCAUGUGCCACAAAUGUCCUACUACGAUCCCCGAAAACUGGUAGGAGCUGUUAAGUAUUCCAAAGAAGGGUAUUCAAUUAAUCUUGGACGCAUCGACCAAUCCAAUGUCUUCAUAAACGGUUUGAUUUUAUUUUUUGGUUUACAUAUUUGUAUACAUAAAUUAUAUUUUAUUCUGUUCACUUUUAGAUAAUAAUAUUGUUCUCACAUACAUCGGCGAUGACGGGAAUAGAGAUCCAAGAGACCCAUGUAAAGGUUUAAGGUGGAGUACAUAUCUGACAUUUAUAUGCGAUACAUUUUUAAAAAUUGUAAGUUUUAAACAUAUAUAUAUAUAUAUAAUAUUAUAUUUAUAUACUUAUAUUAUUAUUUAUCAUAUUUUAAUAUGAACAUUUAGGUAGAAAAUAUCAAAUUAUUAUGUCCUGGAUAGUUUGAUAUAUCAAAUAAAUAUUUAAAUAUAGGUACUAUCGUUAAUUAUUGAAUAAAAUACCUACUUCGACUUGACAAAUGUAGGCCAUACCUAUUAGUAUAGCAAUAUGCACAAUUCAGAAUUAAUCCGAUUUUAUUUAAAUCUAAAUUUUCGUUGAAAUGUUUAAAACGUAAAUUAUGGAAUGACUGAAUAUUCAAUUAGAUUCUUAAAAUAUAUUAUUAAAUUUCACGUUUAGAGCAGGCUAACAAAUAAUAAAAACGUUUCAAUUAACUUUCUUGCGAUAUAGAACAAUAUAUUUUAAAAUAUACUAUCGAAUUUCUGAUUUUUAAUUUUUACAUGUAUUUUUAUAAAUUUAAAAUAUUGUAUGUAUUUUUAGGAUAUUUUAACAUUAGUUGAUGAAGAUCCUAAUCAACCAGAAACAUGUACAAUAAAGUUUGAAAUAAGAACAUCGAAAACAUGUAACCGGCAACCAAUUUCAGUUCAAAAUAUUAAUCACAUCAACCAGGUAACCGUAAUUCAAUAUUAAUAACCAAUACAUCAUAUUAAAUAGUGUAAAUAUAAUGUAUCAGAGGAAUGAAACUUUCAGAAAGAAAGUAAAAUUCAGUUUAUCUUAAUUAUUUGGUAGUUGUUUUAAAAUUAACAGCACCCACUUAAAAUAUAUUUGUUAGUUUAAAUUUAAAUCAUUUCUAAGUUGUGUUAUUUUAUUAAAACAAGCAAUAAUUACAAAUUCUAUUACGAAUACAUUUAAUUAGAUCAAAUUCAACAUUUUAUUUAAAACUUAUUAAAAAAAAAAACACACACACACACAAACAUCUCAAAACAUUGCGUCCAAUCAGAAUCUAUUGAAAUAAAAAUUUAUUUACAAUAAUUAAAAAAUUAUUUCAGAUUGGCGGUGAAACAGAGAAAACAAAAUUAAAUCAAAUUCCUUUUGGAAAUGAGUUAACUAAAAAUUAUAAACAAUUCAGCAAUAACAACAAUACUUCCAACAUUCAAAUUGAAGAAAAUAAUUUAAAUCAAAAUAAUUUACAAGCGAUUAGUUCUUUAAAUAAACCAUUAAUUUUAUUGAAUUCUAAGCCUGUUUAUGAAAAUAAAUUCACAAGAAAUGAAAGUAUUCAAAAAAGUUCAAAUCAAAACGGUCUCGUACAUAUGUUGCCUAAUGAUAGAAAGAAUCAUUUAAAUUUUGAACUGGAUAAUAAAUAUCUGAAUCAAAAUUCUGAAGAUACAUUAUUUAAUAAUGCAAAUGGCCAUUUUAGCAAAGGAAAUACAUUUACGAAUUUUGAAAAUAAAAACACUAAUUUAAAUCAAUAUGAUUCAAAAAGUAAUUCUUUCAAUAAUAAACACAAUACUAUUGGACAAAACCAAACGGUUUUAAAUUAUUAUAAAAAUAAGGAAAACAAUUUAAAUAAAACAAACUCACCAAAUGAGAAUCCAGAAGAUAAACCAUCCAGUGACCAAAUUGAAAGUUCUGAUAAGAAUAAAAAUAAUGAAAGUAUAAACCCAAAUUCAAACCAAAAAAAUUCCGAGAAAGCCAUAUCUAAUAAUGAAAAUAAUAAUUCACAAAAUAAAAAUUCAGAAGGUAAACCAUCCAGUGACCAAAUUGAAAAUUCUGAUAAAAAUACAAACAAUGAAAAUUUAAACCCAAAUUCAAACCAAACAAUUUCCGAGAAAGCCAUGUCUAAUAAUGAAAAAAAUAAUUCACAAAAUAAAAAUUCAGAAGGUAAACCAUCUAGUGACCAAAUUGAAAAUUCUGAUAAAAAUACAAAUAAUGAAAGUAUAAACCCAAAUUCAAAUCAAACAAUUUCCGAGAAAGCCAUAUCUAAUAAUGAAAAAAAUAAUUCACAAUAUAAAAAUUCAGAAAGUAAACCAUCCAGUAACCAAAUUGAAAAUUCUGAUAAAAAUAAUGAAAAUAUAAACCCAAAUUCAAACCAAACAAUUUCCGAGAAAGUCAUAUCCAAUAAUGAAAAAAAUAACUUAAAUAAUACAAAUUCACCAAAUGAGAAUACAGAAGGUAUACCAUUUAGUGAUAGUACCGAAAAUCUGAACAAUAGUAGUAUUAAAACUAAUUCAAACAUAAACCAAAAUUCAAAUCACACCGUAUCAGAAGGAAUUAUAUCUAAUAAUAAAACAAAUAGUGGCAAUAAUAAUAAAUUGCCAGAUGAAGAAAAUAAAGAAAAUAACUCAAACCAAACGAAUGCACAAAACAUCAAUUCGGAAGUUACAACAACUGAAAAUUAUAAUGAAAAUUCAAGUAAAAAGAAUGUAACAGACAUUGUUUACAAUAAAUCAAACAAUUCAUUACAAAACAAUACACAAAAUGAUGAUUCUAAAAAUGCGAGUAAAUCAGAUAGUGAGGAUACCAGCACACUUUCUAAUCUGAGUACAAACGAUACAAACAAAAUUGACAGCUCUAAUGAAAAAAACUAUAACUCUAGUAGUGAUAGUACUAUUUUUAUUGUUACAACCGAAUCUUCAAAAAAUUAUGAUUCAAGUACAACAUCUGAUGAUCAAACAAAUUUAACUACUGAAAAAAUUGUCAAUGGAUCAAUAAGUAACAGCAAUACAUCAGAUUUGAAUAAUACAUAUUUAAAUAAAAUUAAUACCCAAUCUGACCAGAAUACAAAAAGUCCUAUUAAAACUACAAUUUUAUCGAACAAUAAUAAUAACGAUAAUUUAACAGCAACAGAUAGUGCUAGCCAAUCAGAAGACAACUCUAAUUCGGGAACAAUAUUUUCAAAACUUUUUCCCAACGGUAUACAAUUAUCUGCAGCUACAAUAUUUGGAGGAUUGUCAGUAGUAUACAUAAACAAAACACUGCUUUAUUAUUAAUAUUUCUCAUAUAUUAUUUCAGAGGUUCUUUGUCAGCUAUUUCUGUAUUAGUUGGAGCAGCCAUAAACCGCUAUUAUUACAAACGAACUGGGACAGAUCAAAUACCUUUUAAAGGAACUUUUCAAUCUAUUUACAUGUAUAUUAAAGUAUGUUUUAAAAAUAUUACAUAACAGCAUAUUAUUUUAUUUUAAUAAAUAUCUCCUUUUUUUUCAGGUAUUUUUAUCAAAAAUAUGUUGCUGUUGCAGUGGCAAUUUAGGAACACUUGAUUUUACAGACGAAAAAACGCCACUUUUACAGCCUAAAAUGUUUUCAGCUCCAAUAGUUCCAGAUGAAACUUUAAAACAAAAGUCCAAAAUUAGUAGCGAUGAUAGUAAGUCAAGAAAAAGUGAAGAUUUUGAUAGUGAUAAUAGCAAUGGCGAAAAAAAAACAAAAACAUAUGGCAGUAUGGAAUAUAAAAGUGAUUCUUAUCCAGAUAAUCAAGCAACAUUAUACAAUGAUAAAGAAAAACUGUUUAAAACUGAGCAUAAUUUACAAGGCAAAUCAUUAAAAAAAAUUAUUGGUGAAAAAACUAGUGCACUAUUCAAUGUAAAAUUAAUUGAAAAUAUUUUUGAAAAAGUCGAGAAGAAAUUUGAAAAAACUGAUAAGGAAAAUACCAAAGAAAAUGUAGAUAUCCCACCUACGGGAUUGAUAUCCCAAUUAUUAAAAAAAGGAAAAUCUAUAAUCACAAAUGAAAAUGAUAUUGCUCAUAAUGAAGUAAUUAAAGCAGAAACUAAUGAUACAUCUAAAUCUCAUAUUAUACAAAUUGAUAAAAGUGAAAAACAAAGUUCAGAGGUUGAACAAAAUAAAGAUAUUAUAAUAAAAGAUAAUGUUGAUGUGAAAUCAAUUACUAAUUUUGAUAGUGCAAAACCACUUGAUAAUACUGAGACGACUUAUUCACACGAGGAUAACUUAAAAGAAUUGAUUGGAAAUACACUUGAAACAUCGGAAACAGAAUUAAGUAAUCAAAAUAAAAUUAAAAAAUCACCUAAUGAUGUUACAAAAGACGAAAUUGCAAUAGAUACAACAAUAAAUAAAUCUCAACAAAAUGAUGUCACAUCUGUUCCAGAAAUUAAAACUAUGGAUAAGGAUAUUAGUUCAGAAUUGUCUGAUUUGAAUGAUUUGAUUGCUGAUUUACAAGCAUUUUCUGAUAAAAUUGAAAAUAAUUCACCUAAAAGUACGGACAGUACAGUAUCGGAAAUUGGUAUUAUUAAACAAAAUAAUGAAAACGACAUACUAAAUAAAUCUGAAAAUGGCAAUAUGGCUUCCUCAUCAGAAAUUGCAAAUAAAACCAAAGUGGCUAAGUUACAAUUUUCAGCAGCAGAUAAUCAAGAACAGCAGAUAAAAAAUAAAAAUGUACAAGUUGAGUUCACAAAUGAAUCUAACGUAUCAGAAAAAAAGAUAAUAGACGAUGAUGACGAUUCUACAGAAAUUAUCGAAGAAGUUAUUUAUAUUGACGGAGCUGAAGGUGAAGAAAAUGAAGAAGAGAUUAUUGAAGAAACAAUAGAAACUACUGUGGUUGAGACACCAGAUGCAAAUUCUGAAACAUUACCAUUUUCGGAUUCACACAAAUCGCCAACUACCACUACUGUUCGGAAAACAACUACUCGUAAAAUAUCGUCAACUUCCGCUCCAGAUGAAAUAACAACUGUAGAAGAAACUAUAGUAAGUGGUUAUACACCAGAACAAGAGAAAAAUAAAUUCGGGUUUCAAAUCGGAAUUGGAAAAUCAGGUGUCAAUAUGAGUGUUGGUGACAAAAGUAUAGGUAUCAAUACUUCUGAUGUGAAUUUUGGAAAACAUGAAGAUCAAGGAGAUAUGAAUAAGACCCAAGAUCUAUCACUUAAAUUAAACAAACCGGGAUCGAAGUACAAUAAGAAAAAGCAAAAAACGUCAACAAAUAUAGAAGGAGAAGAACCUAAUGUAGAUGUAUUUGACGAACGAGGUAUAAUCUCUUCAGAGAAAUCAAAGAAAUCUAAGACAUUGCCCAAUUUAAAAAUAUUCAAGAGGUCUAUAUCACAACCAUCACACCCAGAUAUUGAAGAGGUUAAAGAGGAAUCUCUUUUGGAUGUUGCCUCUAAAAAAAAGGGCCGAAGUACAUCUAGCUUGUUUAAAUUAGGAAAAUCCAAAUCCAAAUCUCCAGAAAAAACCGAUGUUAAAACUAACGUUAAUGCGAGUUUAUCAGGCCAAGAACAACGUACGUCAUCUGUAUCUACAAUCGAUAAUCGUGUAUUGGAAACCGGCGGAGAUGAAGUUGUAGCCGAACGUAAAAUAUCUAUCAAAACUGAGGGUGGAAAAAAGAGUGCUCCUAAAAAGGAGAAACGAUAAAAAUAUUUCUUCGUUCCAAAAAUGUAAGACAUUCGAAGAGUAUUACAAAUAAUUUCCAGUAAAGAUUUUGAACAAAAAUUAAAACUGAUAAGAAACUAUUAACCUGAAAUAAGAUGGUAAUGAUAUACUACUAAUGGCAACCAAAAUAUUUUUUUUUUUUUUUUUUUUAUUUGUUGGUCACUUAUUAUAUUUUUGUUUAGUGUAAAUUUUAUCAUUAUUACCUAUUUGAUGUACAAAACAUUCUUAUCGUACCAUUAUACAACAAUUGGUGUUUAAUAAAUUUAAUUAAAGUG